AUCAAAAGCCUGUAAGGGUUGUAAGCGUUCGGUUCGCACUUUUUCUCUGUAUAAUUAUUAUUCAAAACAUUUUAAACUUAAAUCUAUAUACCCUAAAAAAACCAUACUCAGCAUUAAUAUAAAAAAACUGUAAAAUAUUUAAAAAAACAAAAAAGUCUUUCAUUUUUUUGGUUACAAUAUUUUUGAUAUUAAAAUUUUUUUCAAAUCGCAAAAACACAACCGCACACAAUUCUUUCACUAUAUUUCCGAAAAAGAAACCAACAAACUUUUAAUAUUCCAUUUAUUCGACAAAGACUUUGUGACGACUUUUUGUUGAUAUUUUUGUGGCAGAACAUUGAUUGUGUGAAGACAUUUGUUUUGUGUUGUUGAUUUAAUAAUAAAAAAAAACAUUUUUUCGUCGAUAAUUUUUGUUUGGUGUUGGACUGAUUGUUGCACACACAACAAAAGUAUAAAAAAAGGAUAAACAGCAAAAGAGAAUCUACAUAACGAAAGUGAAUAAAAAUUGUAUGAAGCGGUUUAUGAUUGAUUAUAUCUGGAUUGAGGAAAUUUAAAUUGCUGAUUGUGCAUUUUGUGAUUGAUUGCCGACCGAAGAUAAAAGAGAAGAAGAAUUAAACAUUACUUUCGAAUCAAAUUUACAUUAUCGUCUCGAUAGACUUGUCGAACUGAUUCCCCAUUUAAAUUAAUUAAAUUGAGUUUCGGUUUUUAAAGUGUGGAAAACAUUCAGAAACUUUAUUUAUUCGCAGUGUUCGGAUGACGGAACCGGUGUACAUUAAUAAUAAAUAUUUUUCGACAAAUACGAAAUUAUUUAGUUCAACCAAAAGUAACUCGACCAUCGUACCAGUAUCGAAGAAACAUCGAAAAUCACGUAGGCGACGAUUAAGACGUUCUCAAUAAUAUUGCCAUUGAACGAACAGUCAACGAAAUCUUGCAUUAAAUACAAUCGAAAAGUGGCAAAUAUUUGCACUGUUUCCAAUUCAAUUCAUAUUGUGUGAAAAUGCCCCGAUGUUUGAUGGCAAAGAAAUGGAAGGCAUAUCCAUGGCCGGAUCGUGCUGAAGAACCAAAUCUUGAUUUGGAUGAAGAGGAAGAAAUCGAUGUUGUCGGUGAUGCACCAGCAGCUGCAGUAGCAACAGGAAAAACGACAGUAGUAACGGCAUCGUGUUGGGGACCUUCAUCGCCUACAGCUGGACAAACCGCUCCGUCACCACCACCCCAUUCGCCCGAAGCAACACGUGGUUCAACUAUACUAUAUAAUGGAUACGGUGGUCACGAUGUUUCACCAAUGCACUUUACCGCGUACCUGCCACGAAUGGAUCAUGAAGUAACUGUAAUGACAUCACCGUCGCAUCCGUCACAAACAACAUCCUACGUUAUCACUCAACUUUCGCCCGACGAAUCUGGACGCUACAGUCCCAUAACCCUGAAACAGGAACCCCAAACAACACCGACACAUCACCGAAACAAAUCGCUUGCAAUGUGUUUCACAAGUACCGGAGCCGCAUUAUCAUUGCCACCAAAGAAGAAAGACAUCUAUCGGCCAUACUCUUUGGACGACAGGCCAACAAUACUACCGCGAUCGUUUGAAAUGCGAAUACCAGCUGAAGAAGAUUUACAUGCUGCCCAUGCCAUAUUAGAUUUAAGUGCGUCCACUGCAUUUUUACCUCCUCCACAGCCGCAUCAACUUAUUACUAAUAAUCAACAACAACAAGAUUUACAACAGCAGCAGCAACAACAGCAACAUCAUCACUUGCCCCACCAAAAUGUAACAACAAUAAUUGUACCUGACGAUGAGAAUCGGUUGGCCAACAAUAAUAACUACAAUGAUUGUGUUCAAAAUGAAAACAAUAAUUUAACCAAUUUAUUGGAUCAAGGUGCCGACGAACCGUUAAAAAGUCCCAAUUCGGCUACGGUUGCGUACACAUACGAAGCGUUUUUCGUCAGUGAUGGUCGAUCGAAACGGAAAGUGACGCCGGACGCUGUUGAAAAUAAAUCGAAAUAUACGUGCACCGAAUGCGGCAAACAAUAUGCCACGUCGAGCAAUUUAUCGCGGCACAAACAGACCCAUCGCAGUCUGGACUCACAAUCGGCCAAAAAAUGUAUGACCUGUGGCAAGGCUUAUGUGUCAAUGCCCGCAUUGGCUAUGCACAUUUUAACGCACAAACUAUCGCACAGUUGUAGCGUGUGUGGUAAAUUAUUUUCGAGACCGUGGCUUUUACAAGGACAUUUGCGUUCUCAUAGUGGUGAGAAACCAUAUGGCUGUGCCCACUGUGGCAAGGCAUUCGCCGAUCGAUCGAAUCUACGAGCGCAUAUGCAAACUCAUUCGGCCGACAAAAACUUUGAAUGUCAACGGUGCCACAAGACAUUCGCCCUAAAGUCCUACCUAAACAAACACUUGGAAUCAGCUUGUUUCAAAGACGAAAACUGUCCACUCAUCAUCGACGAAUCGUCGAACAGCAAUCCGGCAACGCCGACUCUUCCGAUCGAUGUGGUGAUACCAACAAUAAGCAAUAAUAAUCUACCAACGAAAAGCAAUCCGACAACGAAUAUUGUACUGCCCAGAAGUACGAACACUAUACAAAUAACGGCCUCAUUCGGUGGGUAACAGAAGUAAGAUUUUUAACAUUUUUUAAUGUUUUUUAGAGUUUAGAGAAAUAUUUUUUUAUUUUUCCCCUUGUUUAUGUCUCUUCUGUUUAUGUUUUUUUGUGACUUUAAUGCUCCAAACAUGAAAUAAUGUAAAUUUACCACUUAGACAUGUGUUAAUUUUAGCUGCUUUUAUUAGGUGGCCGUGGUAUAUUAAACUUAUACUGUUCUUAUACAUAAAAUUAUGAACUAAAUGAAAAUUAAAUGUAAGAAGUUUAUGAGAAAAAAAAACAACAAAAAAAUUGAAUAUUCUAGUUAUUGUAUAUAAAUGUAAAAAAAAGUUUUAAAAUUAGAGUGCAAAAAGCCACACAUAAAAGAGCGAUCGGUCAACGUUUUUGAUGUGCGCGGAUACAGCUGAACAGUUAAAUGAUUACGGAACAUAAAAGGAUUUUUUUUUAAAUUUUAGUGUUUGAACAAGACGUCCAUCUUUAUUUAAACGAAUUAUUAAAAUUGAAUGCAACGAACAAAAUCCAAAAACAAAAAUUAAUUUACAAAAUUCAAACAAAAGGAAACUUUUUGUUUUUAUUUAACAUAAAAAUUUCUAGUCCCCUCGUAAUUGAAUACUAGUCCUGAACUAAAAACUUAUUCUAGCUCUAAAUAGACACCCUUUAAAAGGCAUUAUAAUUAAGAAUUGAACAGAAAUAAUUCUUCUUUGAUAAAAAACCAUUUUCGAUCUAAUUAAUCUAAUCUAAGCAAAAACCAAAAAAAAAA